GGGGCGUUUCCCGCCCUUUCUACGGCCGUCGUGUGAGGGGAAGGGUGUGGCGGAGGGCCGGGGUCUGCGGCGGGCCCUGAAGUGCGUCAUUGGGGGGGCUCAGCUCAGAGUGUUUGGAAGAGCGAUACAUGCCAUAGCACGUAUUAGUGAUGAAUUCUGGUUUGACCCCGUAGAAAAAGGUCUUGCCUUAAGAUCAGUGAAUUCUUCAAGGUCAGCAUAUGCAUAUGUCUUCUUCUCAUCUAUGUUUUUUCAACAUUACUGCUGGACAGCCAUGUCUCAACCACAUCAGAAGGAAAAACAGUUAUCCCUUCCAUGUAAAUUGAUAAUAAAGUCAGUUCUUCCUGUAUUUAGAUGUGUAAAUGUGCUGGAAAGGAAUGUAGAGAAAUGCAGCAUUUAUACAAAUAUUAAUGAUCAUCACAUAACUUUUCAGCUCCUCUGCAAACAUGGUGUUGUAAAAACAUACAAUCUGACAUUUCAAGAAUGUGAUCCAUUGCAGGCUGUUUUUGCAAAGCACAUGUGUCCAAACAUACUUAAAGUCCACUCCAGGCUGCUGGCUGAUAUAAUGAUUCACUUUCCGACCAGUCAAGAGGAAGUAACCUUAUCAGUAACUCCAAUGAAAGUUUGUUUCAGGAGUUACACUGAGGAAGACACUGAUUUUUCAAAGACAAUGCUUACUGAAAUACAACUAAACCCAGAGGAAUUUGACUACUUGCAAGUCGGAGUGGAUUCUGAAGUGACAUUUUGCCUUAAAGAAUUAAGGGGCCUACUAGCGUUUUCAGAAGCUACCAGCGUCCCUGUCUCAAUCCAUUUUGACGUAUCUGGAAAGCCAAUUGCUUUCAGCAUUGAAGAUAUGAUGCUGGAAGCCAGCUUUAUUUUGGCUACCUUGUCUGACAUUGAAAACGAGACGGUUUCCCAGCGGCUGGAAAGCUCAAAGUCACACAUGGGUAAAUCUGAAAAAACCUCCACGGCUGAAGACAGCAACGCUGCACCAGUUCCUUCCAAAAAGCCACAGUGGAAUGGAAACGCACCGAACGCAGAGUCGGCAAAACCUGCGAGUCCGUUGGCAAAAGAAGAGAUUAAAAGUAUUCCCAGAGUCACAAAGACAGAUACGAUUUCUUACUUCUAUAAUUAUUGCAUUUUCCAGUUUCAUUCCUUGUUUUUUGGAGCAGUUUCUUAUGAGAAGGAUGCUGUCAGUCACACCUUCCAUAGUUUAGCAACAGCUAGUGACACUGAAGAGGAUUUUGGCUCCCAAGUUCUCUAG